AUGUCGAGCAAGAGAGGCAUCUCCAUAAAGCGGGUGGCCGGUUCAAUAGGCGCCGAGAUCCACGACGUCAACCUCAGUGAUUUCUCUGAAAACCCAGGCAUCGUCAGGGAGAUCCGGGAGGCCCUCCUGCAAUAUCAAGUCAUAUUCUUCCGCAAUCAAAACCUAGAGCCCAAAGCAUACCUCGAGUUCACCUCCCACUUUGGCAAACCCGUCGAAUACCCCUUUGUGCGCGGCAUCGAUGGGUUUCCCGAAAUCAUUCAAGUGCUCAAACAAGAACACGAGAUCAUCAACUUUGGAGGCAUCUGGCACUCGGACACCUCUUACUUCGAGAAGCCGCCGAUGGGAUCGGUGUUGAUGGCCAAGGAAGUCCCGCCCUAUGGUGGUGACACGCUAUUCGCGAAUCAAUAUGCAGCCUACGAUUCCCUCUCCGAAGGACUCAAGCAAACACUCUCCACCUUGAAGGCAGUGAGUACCUCGGCCAAGGCUGACGCCAGCAAGACCCGUGAAGACCGUAUCCGCGACUCCGGCAACGCCUCAGCAAAUUCUACGCUAGAGGCAAUCCAUCCCGUCGUCAGAACACAUCCCGAGACGGGGAGGAAAGCCCUCUACGUCAACGUGGCGCACACCUCCCACUUCGAGGGCUGGACGGAGGAAGAAUCUGCUCCGCUGCUACAGUACCUGUUUCAGCAUCAAGUGAAGCCGGAAUUUACAUGCCGCUUCCGCUGGGAGCAGGGCAGUAUCGCCUUCUGGGACAAUCGGUGCACACAGCACAACCCGAUCAAUGAUUAUCAUGGAUUCCGCCGGAGGAUGCUGAGGAUUACCUUGGAGGGAGACCGGCCUGUAUAG